GUUGCUUUGUCACCAAGUUUGUAUCCAAACAAAAACUUGGUUGAUUCUGGCCACCAAAAGCUUCCAAAUUCUUGAAAGUCUCACCAAGGAACUUUCUUGUGGUGUCCAUAUUCUAUAAGUGCAUUCUCCUGUAUGGAGGGAAGAGAAAUUAUUGAAAUUGAAACUGAAGUUAGCUUCAACAACCAAAAAAGAAAAGAUCAGCAAGAAGAAUGGCAGAGAAGAAGUAUGUGGUGGAGGUAGAGAAGGGCAAAGAAGCCAAGGAUGGGAGGCCAUCGGUUGGACCAGUUUACAGGAGUGUAAAUGCUAAAGAUGGUUUCCCACCUCUUUUACCAGGAAUGGAAACCUGCUGGGAUAUAUUCCGUAUGUCAGUUGAGAAAUUCCCAGAGAACCGAAUGCUUGGAUGUCGAGAAACUGGGAGUGGAAAAACAGGCGACUAUUUUUGGUUAACAUACAAGGAGGUGUAUGACACUGUCAUGAAAGUUGGAGCAUCUAUCCGUAGCUGUGGAAUCAAUAAAGGAGAGCGAUGUGGCAUCUACAGUACUAAUUGCCCAAAGUGGAUGAUCAGCAUGCAGGCCUGUAACGCUCAUGGAUUGUAUUGUGUCCCUCUCUAUGACUCCCUAGGUGCUGGUGCAGUAGAAUACAUCUUAUGUCAUGCAGAGGUGUCUAUUGCUUUUGUCGAAGAAAAGAAGAUUUCAGAGGUUCUCAAGACAUUGCCUAAUACAACAAAGUACCUGAAAACACUUGUGAGCUUUGGUAAGGUUCAAACCAACCAUAAAGAAGAUGCCGAAAGAUUAGGCUUGGCAAUCUACUCUUGGGAUGACUUUCUUCAACUGGGAAACAACCAGCAGUUUGAUCUUCCUGAAAAAAAGAAAACAGACAUUUGCACAAUAAUGUAUACAAGUGGUACAACAAGCGAGCCCAAGGGAGUAUUGAUUUCCAAUGAAACUGUUGUCACUGUUGUAUCUGGCAUAAAUUUCUCUUUGAAGAGCAUAAAUGAAGAGCUUAGUCAAGAUGAUGUAUACCUCUCAUAUCUUCCCCUGGCACAUAUUUUUGACCGAGUUGUUGAGGAAUUGUUCAUCUCAAUUGGUGCUUCAAUAGGAUAUUGGCGCGGGGAUGUCAAACUGUUGGCUGAAGACAUCAAAGAUUUGAAACCAACACUUCUUUGUUCUGUUCCGCGUGUGCUAGAAAGAAUUUAUUCAGGUUUGAUGGAGAAGAUCUCGUCUUCUGGGGUUCUGAAGCGUACACUGUUCAACGCUGCCUACUCCUACAAAUUGAGCAACUUGAACAAAGGGUAUAAACAUGAAGAGGCAUCCCCCCUUUUUGAUAAGAUUGUUUUUAGCAAGAUCAAGGAGGGUCUAGGAGGGAAACUUCGUUUAAUCCUUUCAGGAGGAGCACCUCUUGCUCCUAGUGUUGAAACUUUCCUACGCGUGGUCACAUGUGCUCAUGUGCUUCAAGGAUAUGGUCUUACAGAAAGCUGUGCAGCUUCAUUCAUUGCACAACCUCAUGAUAUGGCAAUGAUUGGAACUGUGGGACCUCCUGUACCAAAUGUUGAUGUCUGCUUAGAAUCAGUUCCAGAAAUGGGAUAUGAUGCUCUUUCCAGCAUUCCGAGUGGAGAGGUUUGCAUUCGAGGAAAUACUCUCUUUACAGGUUACUAUAAACGAGAAGACCUCACUGAAGAAGUCAUGGUUGAUGGCUGGUUCCACACAGGGGAUAUUGGAGAGUGGCAAUCUAAUGGAUGCAUGAAGAUCAUUGAUCGCAAGAAAAACAUCUUCAAACUUUCACAGGGAGAAUAUGUUUCAGUUGAAAACUUGGAGAAUACUUACAGUCUUGCUUCCGAAAUUGAUGCAAUAUGGGUUUAUGGAAAUAGCUUCCAAUCUUUCCUCGUUGCUGUAGUUAACCCCAACAAGCAGGCUCUUGAAUGCUGGGCUGAAGAACACGGUAUUUUAGGUGAUUUUAGUUCAAUAUGCCAGCAUCCUAGAGCAAAAGCCUACAUUAUUGAGAAACUCAACAAGAUUGGCAAAGAGAAUAAGUUGAGAGGUUUUGAGUUAAUAAAGGCAGCAUAUCUUGACCCUGUGCCAUUUGACAUGGAACGUGAUCUCAUGACUCCAACUUUUAAGAAGAAGAGGCCUCAAUUGCUCAACUAUUAUAAGGAUAUUGUUGACAGCUUAUACCAAGAACGGAAUCAGAAAUGAGAAAUGAGAAAUGAGAAAUGACUAUCAUAUCAAAGCAUCAUUCAAUGCUGCAAAUGGGACAUCUACUAUAGUUUUAAACUACCCUCAUUGAUACAGAUUGUAGAUUGCUAUGGAUAUUCUUGAAAUAUUUGAUUUACUUACAGAGUUACAGAACAGACUUCAGUAAAUUCUUUGUGCUUGACUUA